CGUUGCCGGUAAGCGGGCGGCACCGGCCGGGCUCGGGCGCGCUGCCUGCGGUGUCGGCGCGGGGAGCCGUGCGGGCUGGCCCGGGGAGCUGCGGGCGCGUCCCUGCCCGCCCGGCGGGCCGUCAAGCGGGAGGAGCAGGCGCUGCCGACGGCGACAGGAACAAACUACAUUGAUAUCACCCUUUGAUUUUGGGACUCAAAACUCCAAUAUUAAAGAAAACCAGGAUGAAAUUACUGCUCCUCAGUUAUUCACCAGAACAUUACCAGUACUUUCAAUGAUCUGAUACUGUCUGCUCAGGUACAGGACUCUUCUCAGCCCACUGAUGCCCACGCAUCUUUGUAUUCUCCGAAAAGCAGGUGUUCUUUCCAGCCAGUAGGAAGGUGUGAGACCAGUGCAAUGACAGAAAUGGUGGAGCUGCCAGUGGAGGGGAAUUUCCUGAUAAGAGCUGUCUAUCAAAGCCGCCUUCGCCUCACCAGACUGCUCCUAGAGGGUGGUGCCUACAUCAAUGAGAGCAAUGACAGAGGUGAAACUCCUUUAAUGAUUGCUUGUAGGACAAAACAUGCAGACUCCCAGAGUGUCAGCAAGGCAAGGAUGGUUAAAUACCUACUGGACAACAAGGCUGAUCCAAACAUACAGGACAAAUCUGGAAAGACAGCCUUGAUGCAUGCUUGUUUGGAAAAAGCAGGCCCUGAAGUGGUAUCUCUGCUAUUGAAAAGUGGAGCUGACCCAAGCCUACAAGAUCACUCCAAUUGCUCUGCACUUGUGUAUGCAAUAAAUGCUGAGGACAAAGAGACCCUGGAAAUUCUUCUCAAUGCCUGCAGGGCGCGAGGAAAGGAAGUGAUCAUCAUCACAAUGGACAAGUCCCCAUCGGGAAGGCAGAAAACUAAGCAGUACUUAAACGUGCCUCCUACAGACCUUGAGGAAUGCCAUUCCCCAACUGCUUGCACUUCCCCAUCGGAAAUAGAACUGACUACGUCUCCACUCCCACUUUCAAGUUUGAAUGAAUCUAAAAAAGCACUAUUCAGCUUUAAAGAGCUGGAUCAUCCACGAUGCGUGGACAACUCAUCUCAAACAGUUUCACUGUCAAGAAAAUCCAGCUCAACAAAAGUAGGGUCCAGGCUGGGACAAGUGCAGCAGCUACGGUCUGAGCCUUGGAUAAAGAGCUCCCCAUCCCUAUUUCACCAGAAUAAAAUUACCUCUUUACAAGAACUUCAGGAUAUUACUCCAGAAGAAGAGUUCUGUUUUAAAACCAAUGGCCUUGACUAUUCGAAAAGAUUCAUCACCAGGCACCAAAGUAUUGACAUAAAAGACACUGCUCCUUUAUUUAAAACCUUCGCUCAAACUGCAUCAGGGAAAUCAUCAUAUGAUGAUAUAAAAUCUCAGACUCCUUGUGUUGGAGAGAAACAUAAUCCCAGUGGGAUUCCUACAGGUAAGGAUGCCGUUUCAGGACAAAACAGCUUUAUUUCAAACCUCUGCAGUAUUAUCCAGAAAAGAAAUUUAGGAGCAAAUCACUACAGCUCUGAUUCUCAGUUAACUACUAGUCUAAAUCCUGCUGCUGCUGAAGACAGCAAGCCAGUCAUAGGAAAGAAAAAGAUUUUCUCUCCAUCUCACUCUUUGUUAUCAAGUUCUAGAGAAGUACUGGAGAACAUGCCUCCUAUUACUCUGACCAAGAGAAAUCAAGCUUUUUUAGAAAGACAGGGUUCAGGAGCCUUAUUGUUGGAUCAUAUUGCUCAGACAAGACCAGGUUUUCUUCCACCACUAAAUGUGAAUCCUCACCCCCCAAUUCCAGAUACUACUUUCAUAAAGAGGGUUUCUGGCAUGAUUUCUUGUGGACAGAAAUACUUAGUACCAGCAGCACCUGCCUUCCCUAGGGAGACUGAAAAUACAAAAAUGCUACAAAGGAGGCAGUCAUUACAGACUGAGCAGAUUAAGCAAUUAGUGAACUUUUAACAGGGGAUUAAAGGGAUACAAAAUAUUUAUGAUGUGUACAUAUUCACUGUGCUACCCGAUUGUAAUAAUAUAUACCACAAAAGGUCUGUGAUGUAAAGUGCUCUGCCUUGGAAUGAGUUAAAUAGUUUAGAGACUACAUGGAAAGAUACACUUAACUAAUGAUGAUGCUUUCUGCAAACUGAGGAAUAUUUGUUAUAUUGUUUUCAGAAUGUUUUUGACUUCAGCACUGACAUGUCUGUGACAGGCUGAACCCACAGUGGGUCUUAGGCACUGCAGUUCUCAUUUUAGAUUGGAAAUACCCUCCCCAAACACCUACUCUUUCUGCACCCAGAAAGGUGAUACAUGCAAAAUUUGGGAACCUGAAACAUUUGACUGCAAUGCUGGACACCAGACUGACACUGACUGCGUUGUGCAAUACCCAGAAAUCCCAGACACAACCAGUGUGCAAAAAGGGUGGGCAGUGGCAAGUGUACCUAAGCAGUGCCUUCUGGCUUCAGUAGCUUUACUGCAUGUAAACAGACAAUAUAUAGAGUCAAUAAAAUUUGUGUUGCAGAACUCUAUCACAUACAUAGCGAUGCCCAGGGAAUUACAGGUAAAGACUGGGAGCCUGUUUUAGACACCUUGCUGCCCACUGGAGGUCGGUGUGAUACACAGAGCACUGGAGAGCUCAAGUUCAGCACACAGCGACCAGGAGCAGAGUUGCAGAGUUGAGAAGCCAGCACAGCAAGAAGUCCUGAAUAAUCUCAUGCAAAAUGACCAAACCCCUCUUGCACUGUCCAUUAGGCAUGUCAGUCAAGUCACACUUCUCAAACUAUUGGAUUGCUGGAAUCUGCUUAUUUAAAAAGCAUAAGGGUGGGGGGAGGCAUUACUCUCUGUAGUUCUAGACUUCCCCUCUUCCCACCCCACCCCCCCCCAGGAAAAAAAAAUCACUGUAUCAUGCAGGAUCUCCUUCUCCCCUGUCACAGGCCUGGGCUUCUUUUCAAGAAUAAUACAAAUGGUGGGACACAUCCAGAUGUCUUGAUCAGCAAGGACACUUCACAAACAUGCUUAAGAGCAAGCAAGAGCUCUGUCCUGCUCAGAGCUAAAAAAAAAAAAGAAAUCCAACAGCUAUGAUACUCAUCUGGUAGAUUAAGUCCUCACUUUGCCCAAUUUGAAGCAGAGGACUGAGUUUCUUACAGAUGAGAUACACUCAUUUGCAUCCAAGUUAUUGCAUAUUUUUAAGUAUCUCUAAAAAUGUAUUCUUUUCCAUUUAGUGUUCUGUGAUUCCAAACAUAUACCUUGUCUUGUGUAUAUUCCAUAGAUGCUUGAUUUCAGGUAUUGCAUUUAGCAUUUUAGCAUUCAUCUUCUGAAGACUGAGAAAUAUUGAAUGUGUUCUGUCAUAAUUUUCAGAAAUUGUAUUGAAAUUGUGUCUGUAUUACAUGUACUUCUGUAUACUGAAAUACUUUUUUUUUUCUGAAAAUACACAGUGGCUACUAUCUGCAUUCUUGCAGCUUCAGUCAAGAUUCACUCAGCCUGACACUGCCUAACAAAUUACUGUAAUGCUAUUUAGCUUUGCCCUAGUAUAAGACAAUUUCAAACAGAUGAUAAAGAUACAGUCUCUGUAAAUACCUUUUUAUGUAAAAAUAUAAAAAUAUCCUAAAGUCUGUAUCAUGCAUAUUUUGAAGAAGGGAACAUCUGACAUCUGGAAAGUAAAUGAGUAUGGUUUACAUCUCUGCACAGCAGAGGUGCAUGUCAAAUGCUGAUAUGAAAUUACAAAUUUAAAUCUUGAAAUCAAUUUUGUGACAAAAUCUCUCCAAUCUCUAGUGAUGACUGACAGAAGGCAGAUGAUCUUACUGUUGAUUCUCUGGUCAAGCUCUCAGAAGUGGCUAGAAUAAGCAAAGAUGCAAAUCUGUAUUGCAAUCUUAAAAAUUAAUUCUUCCCCACAGUGAGCUGUACUACACUAUUGUGUUUGUCUUAUUUGGAUGUGAUUGUCACACUUGUUUAGUUCCUUACCCUUCAAGAGUCAGUACCAGUCACAAAAAUGUUGGUUUUUAAAUUAGAGAUGGACUAUUCAUCCACUGAAAGACUCCUGGUCAUUUAUGGAUUGGCUGUCAGGCUCUAGUCUCUGCACAUAUAAAAACAAAAAGCAUUCACUAUGUUAAAAAAAAAAAAAAAAUCACCAAGAUGAGGAGGUUCCAAAAGUGAAGUUACAUAUACUUCAGAGCUAUUAAAUACUGGUAGAAACAUGGUGAAGGUGAUAGAGCCAAAUAUGGUCCAUUCAGGUUGUGCCUCUUACUUCAGGAGAUGUUGCUGGAUCGGCAUCUGUGUAUACCAGGUAGAAACAAGGAUUACAUGGAAAUCCCUUUAUGGCAGAGAUAUUUAUGUGGAACACACGUCAGUACUGUUAAAUGGGUACAAACUGGUCCCUACAAACACCACAUGCAAUAUACUUUUUAAAUGUUUUUAUUAUAAAUGUAAAUGGCAAUUUGUAGACCAUUCAUCUCAUAAUGAAGUUAAACAUUUGAAGCUAAAAAUAUAUCUUUAAAAAAACACAAUUAUUUUUUACAAAAAAUCAACUGACAGAUCAGAUGUUCUAACUGGUAUCUUUGCUGAUGGUACAAAGCCCAAUUUCUGCUGUAUUGAUUUUAAAAUUAAUUAAGUGUAUCGGAUUACUGGUCCCUCAACUGAAACAGUAAUGUUUUUACAAAGUGGUCAGACAUUGGAGGAAAAUGGCAAAUGUCUUGAGAAGUUCUUCUGUGGUGUUGCUAGUAUUUUGUGCUUAAUUUUGAUGCAGAAGUAAGUAAUGUGAAAGGUAAACAUCAAUAUUUAUUGUUGCAUCAAUGUUACAAGUGACCUUCAAAGGAGAAACAAUUCAGCUUUGUUCUCUUGAUGUUGUUAUGAUGCAUAAAUAAAAGUUAUUUUUUCCCCCCAUUCAGGGAAUAUGGAAA